GCCGGGUUAGAGCCCUAAAGAUCUGCCAUGGGAGGUGCACGUUGUGGAGCCAUGGCGGACGCAAGCUUUCUUGUUAGGGUUUGUGAGUAAUUGUACAUGCAUAUAUACGCAUGCAAAUUUGAGUUUGAUUCCCAAACAGCUUUCCCCAAACCCCAUUGCAUCAAUCAUGAACUUGAAGUACCAAUUUAAUGCAGUUUCUAAUCUUCCAACUACACUCCCUUUAGUUCGUUGUCCUUCAUUUACUCUUCCCAACCCCCUUAAAUUCAACCACUCUCUAUUCUUCCCCAUACCCACUUUUCAUCUCUCUCUAACCAUGGCCCCUACCGGAGAACACCACCUCCUCUCCACGGAGAUCGUCAACCGUGGUAUUGAAUCCUCUGGUCCUGACGCCGGUUCCAUCACUUUCUCUGUCAGGGUUCGCCGUCGGUUGCCGGAUUUUGUCCAGUCUGUGAAUCUCAAAUAUGUGAAGCUAGGUUAUCAUUAUCUAAUCAACCAUGCCAUCUACUUAGCCACCGUUCCGGUGCUGGUUCUGGUGUUUAGUGCUGAGAUCGGAAAUCUCAGCCGGGAGGAGCUAUGGCGGAAGCUCUGGGACAGCACCGCCGGAUAUGACCUGGCUACUGUUCUUGCUUUUUUUGCUGUUUUCGUCUUCACUCUCUCCGUUUAUUUCAUGUCUCGCCCUCGAUCUAUCUAUCUCAUUGAUUUCGCCUGUUUCAAACCCACCGACGAUUUGAAGGUAACGAAGGAGGAAUUCAUCGAGCUCGCAAGAAGAUCUGGGAAAUUUGACGAAGAUAGCCUUGAAUUCCAGAAGAAGAUGCUUCAGUCGUCGGGUAUCGGCGAUGAGACCUACGUUCCGAAAGCCAUAAUGUCACCGGAAAACAUCUCCACCAUGAAAGAAGGGAGGGCAGAGGCCUCAAUGGUGAUAUUCGGAGCACUAGACGAACUCUUCAAGAAGACGCGGAUCCGUCCAAAGGACGUCGGAGUACUGGUCGUAAACUGCAGCAUCUUCAACCCAACGCCAUCGCUGUCUGCUAUGAUCAUCAAUCACUAUAAAAUGAGGGGAAACAUUUUGAGCUUCAAUCUGGGCGGGAUGGGGUGCAGUGCCGGAAUUAUAGCCGUCGAUUUGGCGCGUGACAUGCUUCAGGCAAAUCCCAACAAUGUUGCGGUGGUGGUUAGCACGGAGAUGGUAGGGUACAACUGGUAUCCUGGCCGAGAUCGGUCUAUGCUCAUCCCAAACUGUUAUAUCAGGAUGGGUUGCUCCGCCGUGUUACUUUCCAAUCGCGGCCGUGACUACCGCCGCGCCAAGUACAGACUUGAGCACAUCGUUCGUACACAUAAAGGAGCUGAUGACCGAUACUUUAGGAGUGUGUAUCAAGAGGAAGACGAACAACGGUUUAAAGGGUUGCGGAUCAGCAAAGAUCUGGUCGAGAUAGGUGGCGACGCUCUCAAGACCAACAUCACGACUCUAGGUCCCCUUGUCUUGCCAUUAUCCGAGCAAAUUCUUUUCUUCGCGACCCUCGUGAAGCGGUACCUAUCUGGUUCCAAAGGCAUUGCUACAACCACCAACGGCUUGCAGACCGUAGCGCCUUCUUCCUCCUCUGGGACCAAGCCCUACAUCCCUGACUACAAGCUGGCAUUCGAACAUUUCUGUGUCCAUGCUGCUAGUAAGACAGUCGUCAACGAGCUCCAACGUAACCUCGGCCUCAGCGAUGCUAAUGUGGAGCCGUCUCGAGCCACCCUCCACCGCUUCGGGAAUACCUCGAGCAGCAGCAUCUGGUACGAGCUCGCGUAUCUCGAGGCAAAAGGACUCGUGAAACGUGGUGAUCGUAUUUGGCAGCUAUCGUUCGGGUCGGGGUUUAAAUGCAAUAGUGCGGUGUGGAAAUCGGUUCGUCGCAUUAAAAAACCUACAAGCAACAACCCUUGGCUUGAUUGCUUAGAGAGGUACCCUUUUGAGGCACGUUCUUAGAGUAGCCACAUUCAAGGCCCAAAGUUUGAUUAAAUUACACUUGGAUACCUUGUAUAAAUAAGAGGUUAAAAGCUUCUCACAUCCUAUGUUGUAUCCGAGAUUUAUAAUUCUAUGUUGUAUCAACUUUUGUUUGUAUUUGAUUUAAUGUUAUCCAUUUCCGAAGAAUUUGUUGAUCGGCUUUUGUAGUGUGUCCUUAUCUAUCAGUUGUUAAAUUAUUCUAUAUUUGGGUG